AUGACCCGCCAGGGAGUUUCGGCAGUGAUGCUGGUGUUAUGCACGCUAUGCUUCAUGGGCAGAGGUGAACCGCACGAUCCAUGGACAGCGCGACACGUUCCAAGGCGCCAUGCGGCGUUGAGGCUGGAGAGGCUGAGGGGCGGCUGCUCAGCGAGCACGAGCUCCGCUUCUGAUGAAAGCAGCGAGUUUGAGCAGCGAGGAUGGGGAGACGUAGAAGGCGAGCAGCAGGAUGACAUCGCGUAUGAUAUGGAGAUCACCUACUGGAAAACCUUCUACGAGGACCUGACAACGACGACCAAGAGCCUCUGCAAGCUUGCGGACAAGCUGCUUGACCAUGGCUCUGCCAUGAUACAGCAUGCGAUCGCGAGCUCUCAGGCUUCCUUUGACGAGGUCAUGAACUUCGCCGGUGAGGCUGAGUGCGAUGAUAUGUCGAACCCGCCAGCGGCCAUGAUGGAAGAGUUCGAGAAGAAAGUCAAGGAAAUGCGGCUGACGUUGACUGUCAACCUGGGGAUAGCGAUCUUAGCCCUGAAAAAGUUCAAGAAGGCAGACGAGAUCCUGCACCAGCUGAACUUCCUACUGAACAGCAAGAUCGUCGACGAGCUCCAGGAGUACCUCCAAGGGCUCAAGGAGAAAAAGUCCAUCAAGCUGUCCAAGAAGGAGAUGAAGAAGAGGGACGAUCGGAAGAUGGACAUGUUGUACAUUGACUUCUGUCUGAGCUUGCUCGAGGUUGAUAAGGCGGCAGUGCUGGCUCAGGCCAGUGGUAUCCAGCUCUCCAAGUCGCUUCAUCAGUACGAGAAGGCCUAUCGCGUGUUGCAGUCACUUCAAGGUGGGGACCUGCUGGGGCUGCUGAAGUGGUGCAACAAGCAUAAAGAGAAGCUCCUGCAGCAUGACUCGACCAUGAUGCUGAUCUCUCAGACGCACCUGCAGCAAGUGCAGCAGCUCUGCUACAGGGGCGACCAUGCCGCCGCUUGCGACUUCGUCCGCUGGUGGUACGACGAGUUGUCGCAGGAUUCCCCAGCAUUCCCCCAGCUGCUGCUCAACGAUGUCAACAUGAGGCGUUUCCCUGUGGAUGGUGUGGAGGUUGAGAAGCUGAAGGAGAAGCUGAAGGAGAAGCCUUGGACGGGGAUAGCUGAAGCAAGCUCUCUAGCAGUUCGAUCAAGCUUCUGGCUCCUCCUCUUCAAGCCUCACUCGGAGUUUGAUUGGGCUCGAAGAUUGUAUGGUGACAUUCGAUGGACACAACUGCAAGACUCACUCAAGAAGCACGCUUAUCUGAUCCACGGUGGAUGCUCGAGCCAGUCGUACCCUCUCCUCCCCUCCUUGUUCGCCAUGGGACUCCUCGCUCUCAAGACCAAGAACCAGUAUUCUCCCAGCUACGUCAAGCCUCAGGUGGACGAGGAAGAUUUCAAACAGCCGGGGAGCAAGGAAGGGAAAGAGAGUAAGGAGGAAAGGGACAAGCUGCGAUGUAUGGCACCAGUGUCAAGGAACCGAGACCCUCUACAUCGUGCCUUCUACCGGAUUGCAAAGGAUCUUCCCAUGAUGGCCGUCUCGAACUCUGUCAUGCUCUGCAGUUACACCCGGAAGGUUAUGGAUGAAGACGAUCCUCCUUGCGCACUUCCCAACGGCAGGUUGGUCGCCAAGUCAGUGGCGAUGAAGAUAGCGGAUGAGAUCUACGGGAAAGACUUGUCCCUCUCUACCUGGCUGGACCUCGACUUUGUCAUAGGGGAGUACGAACUUGCACGCCCACCACAGAGCAAAUUUAGGAUUUGUCAGGUCAUCGUCACAUGA